AUGUCUCCCAAGGCAAAACGACCUUCAAAUGAGCCUCUACUCGGAGCAGCGUCGUCGUGGGUGGAACUGCUGAGCCAGAGUCAAAACGUGGGGUCGAGCGGUUUGGACAGCAGCAGCGAAGUCUCAGAUACCAGAGAGGCCAUCCAUCCCAAGCGCUCCAAGAGGAAACAGGCCAAGGUACCGCUCGCCAAGAAGCGCCGGACGACGUACGACAUCCGCAAACAGCAGAAGAGCGAUCUAGUGGCGGAGGUAGCCAUGCUGGAGAAGCAUCUCGAACUACUCAAGCACCGGGUCCUUCUGGAGCAGGGCGAAGCUAACACGACAAUCAGACACGCUGAAGCCGCCAAUUCGGUAUUGCAUGAAAGUAUUCAGGGCCAGCGCGUGGCGAUCGCUGGAGCUCAGGGAAUUCUGGUAGCGCACACGGUAAGGACUGCAAGUUUUCGUCGGUUCAAUCCGAAGAUAUCUAACAAAAAUACUAUCUUUGUGUACCUUAGCAGCAAAACCUGUCGUCGUUGCAACUUCAUUCGACUGGGAGUCGAUAGCCUGGAGCGUCGUGCUACUCAAAUGGCGAUGAAGGAGCGAAAAUUGCGAGAAGCUAAGCGGCUUGUCUCGGCGUGGAGUCAAGAUCUCGACACCGAGUCGACCGUAUCGCAGGAGAACCGGUUCGAGUCGCCCGAAGGAGGAUUCUCCGUCGUUCGGUUCGACAACGCGCCACUCCCUGCCACGUCCGUCAAAGCCGUGUACGACGCGUUCAUGCAGUUGAUCCAGUACGCAGAGAUCAUCGUCUCGGAGCUGUUUGGCUGCAUCACAGUUCGCGAAGACACGGAGUUCGAAGCUGCCGACAUCUCGCAGUUGCGUCUCGUGUCGUCCACUUCACACGGGGCAACCGUCGAGUCCAACUCGAUCGUCUUCUCCGAGUUUGUCGAUGGGCCUGAUGAAUGUUACGGAAUGAUAGCGGUAGACUUCGUCGAUUCUGACGAGUUGUACCCUUAUCUCCCAGCGGAGCGCGUGCGUCGAGACGCGAUCACCUUGGUCUUAAUCCGAGCUGUACCCUCGAGAGAAAGUCGUGGUCAGUACGCGGUGGACGUGCCUGAAGCUAGCGCACUCCGAGCUAGACGUCCCGAAGGAAGGCUUGGCGGAAUUGCAGGAGAGCUCCAUGGCAUGGGGAGACACGAUGAAGAAGUGCAUUAUGCAGCAUUUAGCUAA